AUGGAUAUUUACGACACUCAAACCUUGGGAGUUGUGGUCUUUGGCGGAUUCAUGGUUGUCUCUGCCAUCGGCAUCUUCUUAGUGUCCACCUUCUCCAUGAAGGAGACAUCGUAUGAAGAAGCCCUUGCAAACCAGCGCAAGGAGAUGGCAAAAACUCACCACCUAAAAGUGGAAAAGAAAAAGAAGGAGAAAACAGUGGAGAAGAAAGGAAAGACCAAGAAAAAGGAAGAGAAACCCAACGGGAAGAUACCUGAGCAUGAACCAGCCCCCAACAUGACCAUCCUACUCAAAGAAACAAUGCGGACCUCUCCUGUGGCAGUGACACCAAUCCCAGUCCAACCUCAUGUGGUCUUUGCCCCUGUAGCCACAGUAUCAGCCAUGCCUCAAGAGAAGCCUGCCCCCUCACCUAAAGACAAAAAGAAGAAGGAGAAAAAAGUGGCAAAGGUGGAACCGGGUUACAGUGCUAUAGUAAAUUCCAUCCAGGUUCUCUCCACGAAGGCUGCCUUCUUCGACUCAGCUCCUACCCAAGACAAAAAUUCAGAUAUGAUCCAGAGCCAGGGGACACCAAAACAAGAGGCUCCUUCCAAGAAGAAGUCAAAGAAGAAAAGUCAACCUGAUGCCGACGGUCCUCUCUACCUGCCCUACAAGACGCUGGUCUCCACGCUGGGAAGCAUGGUGUUCAGUGAGGGCGAGGCCCAGCAGCUCCUCGAGGUCCUAUCGGAGAAGGCCGGCGUCAUCCAGGACACCUGGCACAAGGCCACUCAGAAGGGUGACCCCGUGGCCAUUCUGAAGCGCCAGCUGGAGGAGAAGGAGAAACUGCUGGCCACUGAGCACGAAGAUGCGGCCGCUGCCAAAAGCAAGCUGAGGGAACUAAACAAGGAACUAGCUGCGGAAAAGGCCAAGGCAACAGCUGGGGAAGCCAAGGUGAAAAAACAGCUGGUGGCACGGGAGCAGGAGGUCGCGGCAGUGCAGGCCCGCAUGCAGGCCAGCUACCACGAGCACAUGAAGGAGGUGCAGCAGCUGCAGGGCAAGGUUCGGAGUCUGCAGGAGCAGCUGGAAAAUGGCCCUAACACUCAGCUAGCUCGUCUGCAGCAGGAGAACUCCAUCCUGAGGGAUGCCUUGAACCAGGCUACGAGCCAGGUGGAGAGCAAGCAGAAUGCAGAGUUGGCCAAACUCCGGCAGGAGCUCAGCAAGGUCAGCAAGGAGCUGGUGGAAAAAUCUGAAGCCGCACGCCAGGAAGAGCAACAGCGGAAGACUUUGGAAGCCAAGGCAACUGCCUUUGAGAAGCAGAUUCUGCAGCUGCAGGCCUCACACAAGGACAGCGAGGAGACCUUGCAGAAGCGCCUGGAUGAGGUCAGCCGGGAGCUCUGCCGCUCCCAGAGCAGCCACGCCAGCCUCCAGGCAGAUGUGGAGAAGGUCCAGGAGCAGCAGCAGAAGGUGGCAGAGAUGCACAGCAAGCUGCAGUCCUCGGAAGCAGAGGUGAAGAGCAAGUGUGAGGAGCUGGGUGGCCUCCAGGGUCAGCUUACAGAGGCCAGGGCUGAGAAUGCACAGCUCACCAAGAGGAUCCGGUCCAUCGAGGCCCUACUGGAGGCCAGCCAAGCCCGCGACAGUCAGGUCAGCCAGGCCAGCCGAGCAGAGGCCGACCAGCAGCAUGCCCGCCUCCAUGAGCUGGAGUCCAAAGUGUCAUCUCUGGAGAAGGAGGCAACCGAGCUCAAUCAAGCUGUUGAACAGCAGAAGGUGAAGAACAACGACCUCCGAGAAAAGAACUGGAAGGCUAUGGAGGCGCUGGCUGCUUCUGAGAGGACCUGUGAGGAGAAGCUGCGCUCGCUGACCCUGGCCAAGGAGGAGUCGGAACAGCAGCUCCGCUUGACUGAGAUGCACACCAGGGAGACGCUGCAGUUGCUCCUGCCUGAGCUUGCCACCACAUCGCACCAGAAUUACAUAGAGUGGCUGCAAGAGCUCCGAGAGAAGGGCUCCGAGCUGCAGAAACGGCCAUCGGCUCCCUCAGAGCCUUCCCCGGACCUAGCCUCUAGGCUUCGGGAGGCGGAGGAUGCCCAGAGCACCUUGCAGGCGGAGUGUGACCAGUACCGCACGAUCCUGGCAGAGACGGAGCGCAUGCUCAAGGACCUGCAGAAGAGCGUUGAAGAGGAGGAGCAAGUGUGGAAAGCCAAAGUGAGCACCGCGGAGGACGAACUGCAGAAGUCCCAUGUUACAGUGAAGCAUCUCGAAGAACUCAUCGAGCGACUGAGAGGAGAGCUGGAGAGUUCUGACCAGGUUCGGGAGCACACCUCGAAUUUGGAGGCAGAACUGGAGAAGCACAUGGCAGCAGCCAGUGCCGAGUGUCAGAACUAUGCCAAGGAGGUGGCUGGGUUGAAGCAACUCUUAGUAGAAUCUCAGUCUCAUCUGGACACGGCCAAGAGUGAAGCCCAGAAGCAAAGUGAUGAGCUUGCCCUGGUCAGGCAGCAGUUGAGUGAGAUGCAGAGCCAUGUAGAGGAUGGUGAAGUAGCAGGGUCCCUGGCUGCCCACCCAGCUGAUCAGGACCCUAUCGAGCUGACCCAGAUGUCUCUAAAAGCACAGUUGGAGCGGACAGAGGCCAUCCUGGACAGCGAGCAGACACAGCGGCAGCAGCUCAGUACCGAGUUUGAGGAGGCUCAGAGGGCUGCAUGUCGACUACAGGAAGAGUUGGAGAAACUCCGCGUUGCUAGUUCCCUGGGGUCUUCAGAUGCACAGGAGGCCACACAGCUGAAGGAAAGACUCGAGAAAGAGAAGAAGCUCACCAGUGACCUGGGGCGUGCAGCCAGUAAGUUGCAGGAGCUCCUGAAGACGAGCCAGGAGCAGCUGAGCAAGGAGAAGGACACGGUGAAGAAGCUGCAGGAGCAGGUGGACAGAGCAGUGAGUGACGGUAGCAGCUCAAAGGAGGGCACUUCGGUCUGA